AUGGAUAGGAUUAGAAGAAAGCUUAAUUUUGAAUAUAUGUUUUGUGUGGAACCCCGGGGCUUGUCCGGUGGUCUAAGUCUGAUAUGGAAAUCUAAUAUAAAUAUUAAUAUUUAUGAGUGGUGUGAUAAUUACAUUAAAGCAAAUAUUAAUAUUAACCAUGAUUUGAAUUGGCAGGGUAUUUUUGUGUACGGGAAUCCAGUGUUUCAAAAGCGAAGGAAGCUAUGGCAGGAGCUUACGGUAAGCAACAUGGAUAAGGAAGUACCUCAAGCUUACUUGGGGGACUUCAAUGACAUUUUAUACCAAGAUGAGAAGGUAGGCAUUCAUCCACAACCUAGAAUUUAUUUAGAAACUUUCAGAAGGUUCGUAGCUGAUAAUGGGUUAAUAGAUAUUGAUCUUAAAGGCAGUAAGUACACAUGGUUUAGCAAUCCAAGGAAUAAUAUCAUCACUAGGAAAAGACUAGAUAGAGUGUUAGUGAAUUGGAAGUGGUUACAAAUAUAUCAGAAUGUCAUUUUAAGAGCCUCUCCGGCUGUUACUUCAGAUCAUUGUGCUUUAAUUUUGGAUACACAGCAACGAGUCCGGAUAAAAAAGGACUUCAGGUUCGAGGCUUACUGGACAGAACAUGAGGAAUGUAAAGAGGUGAUCAAAAGGAGCUGGCAAAGGGAAGAAGGUGGUCGAAACUGUUGGAAUCAAUUUACAAAAAAGAGGAACAGAUGCAUCAGGGAGUUAGUAGAAUGGAGCAAGAGGAAGUUCAAAAGAGCAUAUAAAGAAAUAGAAAGGAAGAAAACAGAGCUACAUCAAAUACAGGAGGCGAGUAUGACAGAAGAGGAGCAAAAAAAGGAGAGAGAAUUAAGGAAGCAAAUAGCGGAGCUCUGGAAACAAGAAGAGAAGUAUUGGGGGCAAAGAUCUAGGCUGAAAUGGUUAAAGUGGGGAGAUAAAAAUACAGCCUUCUUUCAUGCGACAACUAUUCAGAGAAGACUUAGGAACAGAAUUGAGAAAUUAAAGGAUGAGACAGGACAGUGGAUACAAGGGGAAACAAAUAUCAUGAGAUUGGUAGAAAGGCAUUUCACCAAGCUGUUUACGUCAGAAGAAAAUAGGAACCUGGAGGAGUGUGUAUCAGAUAUUCCUAGGAGAAUCACGAGAGAAAUGAAUGAGGAGUUAAUGGCAAACAUCAAUGAUGAGGAAAUAAAGGAAGCGGUGUUUAGCAUGGGAGGCUUAAAAGCUCCAGGCCCCGAUGGACUAAAUGGUUUAUUUUUUCAACAACAUUGGGAGAUUUUGAGCAAAGAAGUGUGUGACGUGGUCAAACAGAUUUUUAGGGAAGGCAGCUUACCGGAGGACUUGGGAGAAACGACUAUUGUCUUGAUUCCUAAGACAAACCAACCGGAAAGCCUGAAUCAGCUCAGACCCAUAAGCUGUUGCAACUUCAUGUACAAGAUAGUGACGAGAAUCUUGGUGGGGAGGUUAAGAAGAGUAUUAGAUGCCAUUAUAUCUCCAGUCCAAUGUGCCUUUGUAAAAGGAAGACUUAUACAGGAUAAUAUAGUUAUUGUGCAGGAAGCUUUUCAUAAGUUAAACAAAAAAGGAAAUCAGGAUAGCAAUGACAUAGCCAUCAAAUUAGACAUGAACAAGGCAUAUGACAGGCUGGAAUGGAAUUUUAUACAAAGGGUAAUGGAAAAGUUUGGUUUUAACAGAGAAUGGGUCCGAUUGAUUAUGAGUUGUGUGAAAAGCGCGAGCUAUAGAUUUAAAAUAAAUGGCAAGCAUUCGACUAAGAUCAUUCCAAAGAGAGGCCUCAGACAGGGAGAUCCGCUAUCGCCCUAUUUAUUUAUUUUGGCUGCUGAAUGGUUUACAGUUCUAAUGGAUAAGGCGAGGGAGGAAAAUCUUAUAUCCGGAAUUAGACUUGCUCCAACAGCACCGGUUAUUACCCACUUGCUUUUUGCUGAUGAUUGUAUUAUUUUUGCAGGGGCACAAGAAGAGGAGAUCUAUCAAAUUAUUCAAAUUAUAAAUAAAUAUACAGAGGCAUCAGGACAGAGAAUUAACACUGACAAAUCAGGGUUGAUAUUUGGAAGGCAGGUAUCAAUACAGAGGAGGGUGAAUAUUGAGGAAAUCACGGGAAUGGCAUCAUGGGAGGAUCCGGGAAGAUACCUAGGGCUACCAGCAAGAUGGGGAAGAUCCAAGAAUAAGGCUUUGGAGUGGAUACAGGAGAAGAUGUUGGAUAAGAUGCAAGGAUGGAAAGAGAAGCUUUUAAAUCAAGCAGUAAAGGAGAUCUUGAUAAAAGCGGUAAUACAGGCGAUCCCAGUCUAUGCUAUGAAUAUCAUUAAAUUCCCUAAAUCAUUUUGCAAAAGAAUUGAAGCAGCAGUGGCCAGAUUUUGGUGGAAAAGCAAUGGCAAGGAAAGAAGCAUUCACUGGCAGAGUUGGGUAAAAUUGACAAGGAGCAAAAAUAGCGGAGGGCUGGGAUUCAAGGAUUUAGAAUGCCAAAAUAUAGCACAACUGGCAAAACAAGCUUGGAGGAUGUUAAAAGAGGAAGAUGCUAUUUGGGUUCGGAUCCUAAAGGCCAUCUAUUACCCGAAUUGCAGCCUAUGGGAGGCGAGAGAAGGAAGGAGUGCUUCAUGGAUAUGGAGGAGCUUGCUAGAAGGAAGGGAUUUCCUUAGAAGGAAAGGAAGUUGGAGUAUAGGGAAUGGUACGGAGGUUGAUAUUUGGGAAGACAAUUGGGUAGCAGGGAUAGGAAAAUUGAGAAGAGAUGGAGCAGGAGAUACUAGAAAAGUCAGUGAGCUGAUUAUAGACGGGGAGGGUUGGGACAGGAGAAAGAUUCAUGAUUUAUUCCAGGGAAGCAUGGCAGAACUAAUAACUAAGACUCCUAUUAGCUUGAUCAAUAAGAAGGAUCACUUUGUUUGGAAGUACAGAAUGGAUGGACAGUACACUGUGAGAACCGGUUAUCAUGUUGCUAAGGAGGAGAAGGAUUUGAAGGAGGAGGGAAGAUUCUGCAAGCCAUCAACCAGUCAAGACUGGAGGGAGGUUUGGAAAGUUAUUUGGAAACUACAGGUGCCUCAAAAGGUCAGAAUGUUCCUAUGGAAGGCAGUACAUAGAAUUUUGCCAGUAAACAAGAAUCUGCAUCAGAAGAGAAUUACAGUGGCGCCCACAUGCAGCAUAUGCCAGAGAGAGGAGGAGACAAUUGAACAUGCGCUACUUUUGUGCCCAUGGACUAGAGCAGUGUGGUUCGGAUCUAAUAUUCAAAUCGUUCCUACGGCCUAUAAUGUAAGAUCUUUUGGAGAAUGGAUAUUGGACAAAAUCAGAAGAAUAAAGGCAGAAACAGGAACUGAACAAGAGAAAAUUUUAAGCAAUCUAGGGUGUCUUUCUUGGUGUAUUUGGAAAGCAAGAAACCAGUAUAUAUUUCAGCAUACAAAAAUCAACCCACAAAAGGUAAUCAUCCAAUCAGAAUUAUUAACAUCAGAAUAUCAGAGAGCAACUCAGGAGUCCAGUAGAGCAAACAUUCCAGAUACAAACAGAGGCGGAGUGAGAAAGAGAAUUACCUGGAGACCGCCGCCAAAGAAUAGAUUGAAAGUGAAUACGGAUGCAGCUUUCCAUAGGGGCACAAGUACAGCAGCUCUAGCAGCGGUAGUAAGGGACUGGCAAGGAAAAGUCAUCACUGGGAUAACAGCAACAUUCAAGACAACAUCACCAUUAACAGCGGAAGCUCAGGCAUAUAGAGAAGCACUCAUACUCAUCAAGAACAUUCAGAUUCCAAAUUGCUUAAUCGAAACUGAUUGCUUACCGCUAGUUCAGGCAAUCAAGGCAAGAACGCCCAUAGUUGAAGCAGAUGCAAUCAUUCGAGACAUUCUCCAAUUGCUGGAAGAGGCUCCAGAUGUUGGAGCUACCUGGACUCCAAGGGAUGGCAACAAACUAGCUCACCAACUGGCAGCGAUGGCAGCGGAGAAUAAUCUCGGGAGACAGUGGACAAUGAACCCACCUAUUCAAGUGAGGAAUAUAAUCAGAUCAGAAGCAACUCUCGCAACAAUUCAGCAUCACCAAAAUAGACAAAUUCAAGGUAUACAGGAUCUAGCCAACAAUGAUGCUGCGUCAACCACCCACCAGCAAAUGCAAAUGGAAGAAACGUUACCUGGAGGGUUAGAAACGGAAACCCGGGACAAGCCAUCAGAGAUAACCAGGGAACAGCAUCACACCAAACCAUUGCACCUACUAACGAGGGACAGCCACGAGUCAAUCUCCAAUAGAGCAAGCAUAGAUCGAGGAGGAGGCAUUGUCGCUCAGGCAGAGAAACACAGUGCGGUGAGCCAGAUAGGAGGAAGCGAUGAUCAUUUCGAGGCUUCAACGGUGGUUGCAAGACAGAUCCGAGUGAGUCGAAAGGAAGGAGGUGCAGCGCCUGAAACGGGUUCUGGAAGGAAGAUAGGGGACGAACAUCAGGGAGUGUGGAGCAGCAACAGGUCAAUUCAGCAUAAAACACAAACAAAUUCAAUCCUCAUAGGCAUCGGGAGAGGAGGAGCUCCGAUUCAUCAACAUGCAUCAUCGUUACCUCGCGGUGAAGGAGGGAGAAGUCCAGGCAGAGGCUUCGAGGGUUAG